UGGAGUCCCACCUAGGCGCGCUGGGUCUUGUGGGUGGAAGCGUUGUCUGGUUUUGGCGUUUCGCGCAAUGCUGCGGCCGGGAGACCCGGAGCUGACCCAGAGACACUUGAAUUAACUUUGGCAGAAGAGAAAUGGAGGAGCCAUAGAACAUUAAGGAUGAAUUCAGGAAGACCCGAGACCAUGGAGAACUUGCCUGCUCUCUACACUAUUUUCCAAGGAGAGGUUGCUAUGGUUACAGACUAUGGAGCCUUCAUCAAAAUCCCUGGCUGUCGGAAGCAAGGUCUGGUCCAUCGAACUCACAUGUCAUCCUGUCGUGUGGAUAAGCCCUCUGAGAUAGUGGAUGUUGGAGACAAAGUGUGGGUGAAGCUUAUUGGCCGGGAGAUGAAAAAUGAUAGGAUAAAAGUAUCCCUAUCCAUGAAAGUCGUCAACCAAGGAACUGGGAAAGACCUUGACCCCAACAACGUUAUCAUUGAGCAAGAAGAGAGGCGGCGGCGGUCCUUCCAGGAUUACACUGGGCAGAAGAUCACCCUCGAGGCUGUCCUGAACACCACCUGCAAGAAGUGUGGCUGUAAAGGCCACUUUGCAAAGGAUUGUUUUAUGCAACCAGGAGGGACCAAGUAUUCUCUGAUACCGGAUGAGGAAGAGGAGAAGGAAGAGGCAAAGUCAGCAGAGUUUGAGAAGCCUGACCCCACAAGGAAUUCUUCUAGAAAAAGAAAGAAGGAAAAGAAGAAAAAAAAACAUAGAGACAGGAAGUCGUCUGACUCUGACAGCUCAGACUCUGAGAGUGACACAGGCAAGAGGGCAAGGCACACAUCAAAAGACAGCAAGGCAGCAAAGAAGAAGAAGAAGAAGAAGAAGCACAAGAAGAAACACAAGGAGUGAGAGUGGAAAGAGUAGAGGGGGUGGUGAGAGGAGGAGGAACCAGGAGCCUUGUGCCUUGAAGCCCUGGCUCCGGGAAAGACUCAGUAGUGUGAAUAUGGCCUCCCACCCCACUGACUUUUCACCCGCGGGAGAUGGCUUCCCCUUACGCAGCAAGCAGGUUUGGGAGUUAGAUGUCAAAGCAUCUGCCUGAAUGAGUUGUUAACUUAUCGUUCCUGGUCCCUUUGCAAGUGACCCCUGCAGCUCACCCAUUCAUUCACUCAACUUCCUUCAUUCAGCAGGAGGUCCUAUUACCCUCUCCAGCUGCCACUGCCAGAGCCAGAUUCAUGGGACUCCUGCACGGGAGUCCAGGCUGCAGCCACAGGUACUGCUGUGGAGGCGAGUCUGGCUGUAGUUGGGAGAACAGUGAAGGGCCCCCCCGCCGUCGGGUCUGCCCUGGGCUGAUUGGUGAGUGAUCCCUGUGGCGUCCGACACAGGGGCCGAGGGAGACCAGCAGGCGGAGGGAGAACAUGGUAAGAAGUGGUGCUCACUUUCUCCAUUCCCCCAGUGUGAUUCUACCAGGCUACAAGGGACAGCCCGAAAACCAUUGUUUGCAGCGAUUGAGCUUAUGUGGGACACUCGGCCAGACCCCUGAACCACAUAGCUCAAGCCAAGAUCAUUGCUUUAUUUUGUAUUUACUACUGUGUGAGUCAAUUGGUUCCACUUCAGGUCUCUGCUUAAAUUCCUGGCAUAAACAGAAGUGUGUUUGGUUUUAAA